AUGUCUGAUAUUGACUCAAAGCCACUACACCCCAAAAAUAAACUGCUCCUCUACAGUCGCUACGUCUUGUCCAAGUUAGCCUGGCACUUUACAGUCGCAACACUCUCUAAAACAUGGGUUACUAAAAAUAUCGAUUCUAUUGCCAACAAAUAUAUCCGCAGAUGGCUUGAAGUACCAAUAUCAGGAACACUAAGUACUGUCUUUCUAACAAAUAACAAAUUUGGCCUGAGUAUUUAUCCUCCAUCUGUAAAAUUUAUCCAGUGUCAAACAGUCCUCCGAAAAGCUUUAAAAUCUUCUCCUAAUGAAUCAACUAACGACCUGUGGAGAGCAACCAGUAACCAUACUAAUAUCCAAUAUGACGCUUAUAACUCUACUAAGGAAGUUCUCAAAGAUUUCGGUUCUGGACACGAAAACAAACUCCUAAACCAAUUAACCCGUCAAGGAUCCUUUUUCUGCAGCAUCACGAAGUUCGCUUUACCUCAGAUUAAUAAGGUGUGGUCCAUCGCCCAAUCAAAGCUUCCGAAAAACAUUUAUAACUUUACCAUUCGUUACAUUAACAACUCUCUUCCGACGCGCAAAAACCUAAACAGAUGGGCAAUAUCUUCAAAUUCAGACUGUUCUUUUUGUCUUAGCCCUGAAACAUUACUACACAUACUAGUAGCUGGAUGUCAGUUUUAUCUCGACCGAUUUACGUGGAGACACAAUUCAGUCCUGAACUUUCUUGCUCAUACUUUACAAACUGUUGACGGUUCUACUCUCUACGCUGAUCUAAAUGGAUUCAAAAGCCCUUCAAUACUUACUGGUGAUACGUAUCGCCCAGAUUUGUUAUUAUCGUGCUCAAAUGGUUCCUUAUAUGUGGUUGAACUCAACACUGGUUAUGAGACAAACCUCAAAAACAACGUAAAGCGGAAGAAGAGUAAAUAUAGAGAAUUAUUGAGACAGCUAGGUAAAAAUUUUAACCAAGUUAAAUUUAUAAAUCUCUCCAUCAGCUCUUUAGGUAUUUUUGCAGAAGAAUGUUAUACAUUUUUAGACAUGUUAGAAAGCAUUGGUCUUGACAAAAACCACCAAAUGUACUGCGUUAGGAAAAUGAUGACUAUUGCUAUUAGAACUACAUAUUACAUUUUUUGCUGCCGAAAUAAGGAAUGGGAAAAUCUGGAUUUACUAACAAUUUGACUUAUCUCAUUGUAUAUAUAUAUUGCAUGCACUUUGUUCUGUUAUUUUAGUUUAGUAUAAUUGUGAUUCAAAUAGCCAACCGUAAGUUACCUUUAUGAGAGAGAUUUACGAUUGUAUAUGUAUGUAAAGAAAAACAUUUAAUAAAGUUUCAAAAAAAAAUAAAUUAUUAUUAUUGUUAUUAUUAUUAUUAUUAUUAUUAUAAUUAUUAUUAUUAUUAUUAAUAUUAUUAAUAAUUAUUAUUAAUAAUAAUAAUUAUUAUUAUUAUUAUUAUUAUAAUAAUAAUUUUCCUUCCUCGCAUCCAAUAACUUUAUCGAACACGGCAUACAAAAGGGCUUCACCCUUAGCAGUUGGGGAUUGUCUUCUAGUUCAGAAUGUUCCUUUUGUCUCGGCCCAGAAUCAUUAUUGCACGUGGUCGCUGGAUGUCAGUGUUAUCUCGAUCGAUUUACGUGGAGGCACAAUUCAAUCCUGAACUUCCUUGCCAAUACCUUGCAAACUGUGAACGGUUCUGCCCUCUACGCUGAUGUGCCUGGAUUCAAAAGUCCGUCAAUAAUAACUGGUGAUACGUAUCGCCCGGAUUUGUUGCUAUCGUUAUCAAAUGGCUCUCUUUAUGUGGUCGAGCUCACUGUUGGCUAUGAGACAAACCUCGAGAACAACGUUAAUCGGAAAAAGCCAAAUAUAAAGAACUAG